AUGUCUUAUCAGCCUGCCGAACUUUUACCGGACGAUCUGCCGCCCUAUGAGAGCCAUGGAAUGACUGAAGGUACUGAGUUCGGCGCGGACGGACGGGUGAAUGUUGACCUUGACUCCAAGGUCUGCAAAGCUGUCGCAAAGUUGGUCCGUCUGCCUGGCCAAGCAGACCCGAGGCCGCCUCCUUUUCUUCCUUCUUCUACGUCUCCUAUUCCUCCCGCAUAUGCGGACUCUGCUCGUUUUGAGAUUCGGCUCAACCUUGUCAUUCAGGUGGUGGGAAGCCGGGGAGAUGUGCAGCCAUUUAUCGCAUUAGGCCAAGAACUACAGAAGCAUGGCCAUCGCGUGCGUCUAGCAACACACAACGUCUUCGAUGCUUUUGUCCGAGAUUCCGGGCUCGAGUUUUACCCGAUCGGUGGAGAUCCGGCCGAGCUGAUGGCAUAUAUGGUCAAAAACCCCGGGCUGAUCCCCCAGAUGCAGAGUCUGCGGGCAGGUGACAUCCAAAGGAAACGGGCCAUGGUAGCUGAGAUGCUAACCGGGUGCUGGAACUCCUGCAUUGAGGAUGAUCCGAUCUCGCAAGACCCGUUUGUGGCGCACGCAAUCAUCGCGAACCCCCCGGGCUUCGCUCACAUCCACUGCGCGCAGGCGCUCGGGAUUCCCGUCCAUCUAAUGUUCACCAUGCCCUGGAGCAGUACCAAAGCUUUCCCCCAUCCCUUGGCGAACCUGAAGUAUUCUGAUAACACCAGUCAGCUCAUGGCCAACUACCUCUCGUAUGCCAUUGUAGAGUGGAUGACAUGGCAGGGACUAGGAGAUGUUGUUAACAAAUUUCGUUCGGAAAUCGAUUUGGAGCCUGUUCCUUCCAGUGAAGGACCUUGUCUAGCGGAAAACCUCAAGAUCCCUUUCACAUACUGCUGGUCACCGGCUUUGAUGCCAAAGCCUAGCGACUGGCCUCCACAUAUUGAUGUGUGCGGAUUCUUCUUCCGGGAUCCCCCAAACUACACUCCACCGGCAGCUUUGGCAGCCUUUCUACAAGAUGGACCGGCACCAGUAUAUAUCGGAUUUGGAAGCAUUGUUAUUGAUGAUCCCAGCCAGCUCAUAGCAACGAUUUUGGAAGCAGUCCGUACUGUUGGAGUUCGCGCUAUCAUCUCCCGUGGAUGGAGUAAGCUGGGCGGGACAUCUUCUCAAAAGAUCUUCUACAUCGAUGAUUGCCCUCACGAAUGGCUAUUUCAGCAUGUGGCUGCCGUCGUUCACCAUGGAGGUGCGGGCACGGCUGCCUGCGGUUUGCGAAAUGGUUGUCCCACAAUCAUCGUGCCUUUCUUCGGAGACCAGCCGUUUUGGGGCAACAUGGUCGCUGCAUCCGGGGCAGGGCCCAGGCCUAUCCCAGGUUGUCAACUCAAUGCCCAGAAUCUAGCAGAGGCCAUUGACUUUUGCUUACGACCUUCUACAUUGGCAGCUGCACAGGAAAUGGCUCGGAAAAUGAGAUCUGAGCUGGGGGUCCAGGCAGCUGUAGCUUCCUUCCACCGACAGCUACCAUUGUCGAGAAUGAAAUGUCAAAUCCUACCUGACCAGCCUGCCAUCUGGGAGUACAGAAGGUCCUUCGCUGAGUCCAUAUAUCUCUCUAAUAUUGCAGUACAAAUACUACUAGACGAUCAGCAGAUCCAACAGAAGCACUUACAUCUCCAUAUCGUCAACCCAAUCAUGAUUGACCAUCGACGAUGGGAUCCGAUUACUGGCACCGCCUCUGCUACAGUUUCCACCGGAGUUACCAUGCUCAAAGACAGCGCAGAUAUCUUCUAUCGGCCGAUCAAAGAGGCCCAAAGUCAGCGCCGAUCUCACGGCAAUCUGCCGCCGCCGCCGCAGCAGCAGCAGAACGAGCCUCUUGCUCCGAUGAUGAUGGAGGGCGCAGAUUCUUCCCUAAGCGCGAGAUGUUCCCUGAGGGACGGCUCACCCCACUCCUAUCUGCCCGGGCACCCGGCAGCCACGGCAGCAGAACGGGGUCGCCCGUCGUCGCCUGCUCGUGCCGCGUUGGCGGCCGGUGGGAAGAGUCUGGGCAAGUUGGUGGGCCACGCCUACAAAGGUGCGGUCGUGGAUAUCCCCCUCGCCGCCACAGAGGGGCUCCGAUCGGUGCCGCGCCUGUACGGCGAGGAGGUGCGAGACCUGGGCCCGGUCCGGGACUGGAAGUCCGGGCUCGCGGUCGGGGGCAGGAGCUUUCUGCACGGGGUUGCUGGCGGUCUCACGGAUAUUGUCGUUCAGCCGUACAAGGGGGCGCGAGAGGAGGGAGCAUUGGGCGCGGCCACGGGUUUAGCCAAAGGGACGAUCGGUACAAUGACGAAGUUGGGGUCCGGUAUGCUCGGCUUGGUCGCCUAUCCUGGACAAGGCAUCUGUAAAAGCAUCCAAAAUGUGGGACGAGCAGGAACAAGGAGACAAAUCGUGGCGCAACACGAAAGUGAACGUGCUUUCAUCACGCGCAGAGCCGUCGAUGCGGGUGGUAUUGAUUCGAACACUGUGCUUAGGACUUUCGAAAUCCUGCGACGGAGAAGUCGGAAGAAAUGAUGCAGGGUCAGGGUUAUUUUGGGUAUUCACUAAAGGCAUGCAAGGGCGUGUUUCCGAGAGACUUUUUCAUGCUUCCUAUUCACACUCCCCCGCCAACACCCCAUGGCGAUUCAUAG